UUGGUAUAAAACUAUCCAAAAAACUGGCAGAAAGAGUAGUCUUUCCGAAGAAAUGAAGUCCCUAAUCGAGGAAGAUGACUUGGAAGUCGGCAGAUUCCGCCGCAACGCGUUUUCCGCCGUCGCCCUCUCCACCUCCUGUAUUCUGGCGAUUGUGGUGUUAACACCAAUUGCCUAUCAGGCAAUUCAGAGAAUUCACUCAAAUUUGCUUAACGAUGCCCAUUUUUGUCAGGCUCGAAACCGUGACCUCUGGACAGAAACAAUGAAGAUGGCUCGGAGCCGCGGCCGGGACGAGGAGCUCGUGGCCCGAACCAAGCGAGCGGUUAAAGGCACAUGGCUCUUCGGACAGUAUAUUCCAGACCGAUCAAGCAGAAAUCGACGACAGCAAUACGCCGAGGCCGCUGGCGGAGGCGGUGGAGCACCACAUGCCGAGUGUAGACGGGGUCCACCGGGACCACCGGGUGAUGACGGGGUCGACGGAACGGACGGAAAAGACGGUGCACCUGGAACCGAUGGAAAAGACGGUCAGGUACCACAAGGACCAGCCGACGGAGGUUAUCAAGAGGGACCAUCUGAUGCAGUUGAAGCAUGCACACGUGAAUGCCCACCAGGACCGCCUGGACCAACUGGAGCGCCCGGAGACAAAGGAUCUCGAGGCUACCCUGGAGAAUCUGGAGAGCCAGGCACCCCGGGAAGCGCCGGACCGAAAGGAAAUGCUGGACCAGCUGGACCACCAGGACCACCCGGAUAUCCAGGACGUCCUGGAGAAACCGGAGAUCACGGAAAGACGAUCGCCGGAGAGGCGCCACCUGGACCACCAGGACGACAAGGAGAAAUGGGUCCACAAGGACCACCGGGACCACCAGGGCCACGUGGAAAGGACGGAGCCGGUGGAGAGAAGGGUGCUCCGGGAGAUCAAGGUAAUCCGGGACCAUAUGGAAAACCUGGGCAACCGGGAGCUCCAGGACCCGAUGGCUCUGCUGGUGAGAAGGGAGGAUGCGAUCAUUGCCCACCGCCAAGAACUCCACCUGGUUAUUAAAGAUUCUUCGAUUGAUAUUUUAUUUUAUUUUCAUGACGUUAUUCAUUUUGUCAUUCGGUUUUCUUUUGUUGCAAUAUGAUAAUAAAUCAGAUUCUCU